UUUUUGUUUGUACAUCUGUUUACGUAUGCACGGAAAACCCUGUCUAGGUUGUUUCCAUGUCCAACAGCCUAUAUAAAGCUAUCACUCUCACUGCUGCCCCACUUCACAUCUGACUCUUGCUCUGAGGAUCUCACACACACAGACAGAGAGACAAUGACUCGGGUUUCAGCUAUCGUGAUCGUGCUGAUGGUUGUGGCUCUCAGUGUAUUCUCUGCAGAUGCCUCAGCUUUGUCAUGUUGCAGAAAGUACACCAAAGGAAAAGUACCAAUGCAUAUUAUCAAAGGAUAUUCCAUUCAGUACAUGACAAGAAACUGCCACAUCAAUGCUGUAAUAUUCCACACAAACGGAGGCAAGAACAUUUGCACAGACCCCACCAAAGACUGGGUGAUGGAUGGCAUCCGUAAACUGAGGGAUAAAGUGCAAGCGAUCAGCAAAAAACAUUCAAAAGUCUAAUUUUACAACUUCUGAAGCUGAACAGAUGUUACAAGAAUAAUUCUUUAUGGAGGAAGAUCUAUUUCUUUAUGAAAUUUGCAUAUGUACUCUGCAUAUUUGUAUAUGCAUGUUAUUUUGUACUAUUUGUUUGUUUGCUUUUUAAUUCAAUGCAUUAAAAUUAUUUUUUUUAUAUAAAGUGAAAACUUUGUAUGUUGUAUG